CGAGUAGGAGUAGUGGUCACGAUUGUCGCACCCAUGGACACUUUUCAUGGUGCCUUUUUAAAAAAAAAAAAAUUCAUUAUUAUUGCGGGCCGUGUUAAAUGUUAUUUUUAGUACAUACUGUGGGCUGUUAAAAAAAAUGGAUAAUGGGUCACAGAUGGCCCCCAGGCUGUAGUUUUGACACCUGUCUUAACCAUAAGAUUUGGUUGUUGACUUGCAAACUUUACACAAUGCAUAUGAAACUUGGCCAAAAUUAAGAGAACUUUGAUAACACAACACCUUUUUAUAACUUUAUUUUGUCAAACUUAAGAGCCCAAAAGAGUUCAGAUCUCAAAGUUAUUUUCAUUGAGUUUGGAAUUGAUAACAUUACUACUUAUGUCAGACAAAAAAAAAAAAAAGGUGCUGCAAACAUGGUGACAAUGUCCAGCCCACCCGGGUCUCGUCACAGAAAACCCCUCCUCGUGUAGAAAAAAAAAAAAAAAAAAGAAAAGAAAAGAAAAAGAAAAAACGAACACUUCCUCUCUGCUACAGCCACAAAGCAGACCAGAGUUCCCCCGUCUCUCCUCCGCCGUCAAGCCUUCGACGCAAACCCGGAUAUGUUCACUCCCCAGGCGGCGACGCGCCGGGGCUUCUCCCCCUAAGCAGGAGGCGGAGGAAGAGGCGGAGGAAGAGGCGGCGGCAUGGGAGUGUUUUUACCUCGAAGAGAUGCUUGAAGAAGCGCGCACGUCUCCGCAACAGACUGGCCGAGGAAGACUCCCGGAGGAAGGCGAGCGAGGAGGAGCGGGACUGCGGCGAUGCCGCUGCCCCAGGGUGCGCUGCUGCUCCUGGGCGUGCUGCUGAUGGUGGCCGGCGGCUUGGUGGCCCUGUGCGCGCCUCUGCCCAGCAUUGCGGCUCCCGUCUUGGGGCUCUUCCUGGGCAUCGGGGGCGUGGGCCUGCUGGUGUGCGGGCUGUGCAUGGCCAUGAAAAACCUGCAGGCGGCGGUGCCGGGACAUUUCCUGCUGCACCCGCGCACGGGGACGCGCUUCAGCCCGCAGCAGUCGCUGGCCAUACAAAGGAGGCUGGACCGAAUUCGUCGAGAGAUGUCAACGGACUCUGUCGGCGGCGCGCCGGACCCCGAACCGGCCCUCGAACCGGUCCUCCCGUCCACUCCUCCCCCUUGGACCAUGGAACCUCCCCCGUCCUACGACACGGUGAUGAAGAUCCAAGAGCACGGCGAGCAGCACUAACGUCGUCCCUUAUCGGACGUAUUGACUUUGAUGCCGUGUGCAUGUCGUGAACGGUCGCUAGCAAGCUAAGUUCACUAAGCCUUUAAAUGGGACCAAAGACUUUCUUAAAGGGAUGGCGUCGACAUGAUUGGCUCGCUUUAAUUUACGUAAGCAACUAUUGCGGCUACUCAGCACCUGAGCGCUAACUCCAAUGCAAAGUGCCUUUCUCUGGAGCCUUUUCACACAGAGACCCCCCCAAAGUCAGAGCAUCAGAGUCGUUCAAAAAUUCAAAAUAAUAAUAUCCACAAAUUUUUCAAAUCUGCCUUUCAGGCAAAUGCCAGCAAAAGUGGGAUUUUGCUGCAAUCAGAUCAUUACACUGGUCAACAACAAAUGUAUUGUCUAAGAUUUUUUUUUAGCUGAUUUAGGACAAUAUUGAUGUGCUGAAUCCAAAUAUCACGUUUGUUUUGCGCAAUCAGGUCAAUGUUUUUGACCUAUGGCCACAUGAUUUUGUUUACAUUUACAGGUAUUUUUGCUUUAGAGGUUCAAUUUAGAUGACAAUUUACAGGUGCUUACUUUUAUCAAUGUCUACUGUUCAAUUUACAGUAAGGAAAGUUUGUAACAUUUGAUCAAUAAACCGUAAACUACUUGGAACCACCCAUGCAAAAUUGUUCAAAAUCAAAUUGAAAAAAACACAGACAAUUACAAAAAAAAACUUUAUUUGUAACCCAGUGUUAGAUGACGUCAGCACCAAGGAAGAUAGGAGGUGUUUAUUUCAGGUUUAUUUAUUAGAGGAGAGGCUACUGUUUGAAGAAUUACGGUAUUUUCGUAAAAUCCGAAUAAGGGGAAAAAGGGCUGCUUUUAUUUGAGAUGAGCAGAAGAUCUUAUUUGAGGAAACACAGUGUUGUUCUGUAAGAGCUGAAGUCCUGAAGGGUACAAUAGGUGUUUAUUUUAGGUUAGGCCCUUAUUUGUUCAAGCAAACAAUGCACGUGGUGAUUAUUUGAGGCAUGGCGUCUAUCAGAGCAAGGGCUACUACUUUAGGAAGCAUGUAUUUUUGUAUAAGGUCUAAAGUCGUAAGUGGACAAAAGUAGAAAUGUGUUUGAGGUCAAGCGUCUGUUAGAGCAGAGGUUACUUUUUGAGGGCGUGCGGUAUUUUUGUGUAAGAUCUGAAUUUCUGAUUUCUAUGACAUGCGUGACGCAUUAACCCCCAUUCUAACCGCGUUUUUUAUUCCCGCAACGACGUCACCUCAAAGCAUCCAAUCAGAUCACUUGACUGUUAUUCGCCAUGCUACUGCCAGCCACUAGGGGGCAUCUUUGCAUGCUAUUUGGGAACUGCAAAUGCUACGCUACGACGUGUCAACCUGCAUUCUGGCCGUGGUUUUCAUGGUUUUUGGGCACCGGGGAGGGGGAGGGGGGGGGGGGAUGAUGUCGCCGCAAAGCAUCCUUUCUCUAUGCAAUUGACAACCACUAAGGGGAUAUGUGUAUGUUAUCUGAGGAUUGCUUAAUUUGCUACAGCUCAAUUGACUGUUUUCUUGGUUAUUUUGAUGACAAUUGUGACAAAUGCAAUUGUUUGUUCUAUAAACCUUGUGCACAUUCAAGCGGG